AUAAACGUACCUCGCUCUACAUUAUUGUUUGCUACCAAAGCAGCUACUUUAUCUGGUCCCACAGUUGGUAUCACAGGCCCCAUAGACAACUCUUUUGAUCAUGUACAAGUUGAAGAGUUGGCAGCUCUACAUUUAUCAAAUGGGCAGCACUCAAUCUGAAUUUAAAUUCAUUUUUCAUUUACCGUCAACGGACUUUUUAAAAACUUGCUAAUCAGAAAAAAUAUGUGCAAAACAUUAUUAUUAUUAUUAAUUGUAGCUUAGAAUUAAUACUACAGUACAAUGUGGAGCCGGAGCUGAUGUGCAAAAAAUACUUACGUAAUCACGUAAGCCAAAGUUUUUCAAAAAUAAAAAGUAUCCAAUAUAUAAAAAGGAGAAACUGCAGAUAAGGAAAAUGUUUUUGCAUAUAAAAUAUUAAUAUUUUAUAUAUACAAAUUAGAUCUUAUAGUAAGCUUAAGUGAACUUAGUCUACUAUCGUUGAUAUAGAAAACUGAACUGACUUAUUGAUUACAUCGGUGGCGCCAGCUGUGACUGACGUCGCAAUAACUUUGUGUUGACUUUUGGGACACCAAUUAGAAAUUAAUGAGCAUACAGCAGAUACAAAGUGCGGUCGUCACUAAUGAGAGACUUUCCAAAGGAUGUCAGUUUAAGGUCAGCGAUGCGGUGUGGAAAUGGUGGCCCGCUUGAAUGCCGCAUAUACAUAUGUAGUUUUGCCAGCAUUUCAACUGCAGUCCAGCUGACAACCAGUUGAGUAGUUAGGCAGCAGCUGAAGAGAGUCAAACGAACGAACAAUCGAGAGAGAUGAACAUCAGCAGCCUGCUGCAGUUUGAGUCGAUGCAUUAUCAUGGCGCCCAGACGCAAUCGAUGAUCAUCAAUCGCUUUGUGGCCAAUUCGCUGCGUGUGUUCAUCGAGGACUUCUAUCAGCGCAUCGCACCAUCGUUUAUGCUCAUCAUCUCGUGCCGUCGUCCCAGUCCCAUGAACUUCUACCGCAACAUUAUGCAGCUGCUGUACGAGAGCGUGGACACCAUGAUCCUUCAGAUGGUGCAUCACAAUCACAGCCAGCCACAGCGCGUUGCCGGCUUGCGUUUGCACAAUCUGCUGCUCGUCGACUCCCUGCAGGCAUUGCUUGACAUCGAGAUCCACACGUAUGCCACGCAACACGAUGCCAGCAGGUAUUACUUCAUUUUUCUGCAGCAACGCGAUGCGCUCAUACCAGCCGAUAUGCUGGGCGUCUUCGAGUAUUGCUGGCAGCAUCAGCUCAUCAACUGCAACGUGAUGACGCAGAGUUCUCGUGGUGAGGUCAUCAUGCACACCUAUUUCCCCUACGAGGCGGACCACUGCAGCACCGUGGUGCAGCGGCAAAUCAAUCGUUUCAUGGGCGAAGCCUGGCAGCAUGCCAACUACUUCCCUGCCAAACUGCACAAUUUGCAUCAGUGUCCGCUGCAGGUGGCGCAGCGACUGGCGACACCGUUCCUGGGGCUGGAGGAUCGGUUGCUGCAGCUGCUGGCCAGGCGCAUGAAUUUCAGUAUUCAUCUGGUUGGGGAGCGCACGGAUAAUCAGACGGAGCAGCAGGUGUUGCAGCUGCUGCAUCAGCAGCGUGCUCACCUGGCCAUUGGCUAUCUGCGCAAGCGAGUCCAGCAAUCGGGAAAUCUGUCCGCCGUCUUUCCAUACUACUCCAGCCGGCUGGAGUGCUGCCUGCUGUUGAGUAACUACAAUUUGAACAGCUUCGAUAUACUGCGCUUUCCCUUUCAGUCACUCACCUGGCUCUGUGUGCUCGCCAGCUUCCUCAGUGUCGCCGGCCUCAUGCUCUGCAGUCACCGGCGCAGCGAUUGCGCCACCAUUCUGCUCUCCAUCCUAGCCGUGGCCUAUGGCCAGCCCAGUGGAGCGUCGAGCACGCGUCCGGCACAACAGCUGCUCUAUGUGAACUGGCUGGGAUUCACGCUGCUCAUCCGCGCCAUGUACUCGGCCCUGUUCUAUCAUCUGCUGCGCCAGCAUGUGCAUCAGAGAUUGCCGCGCACUCUACAGGAGCUUGGCGAUGGCGAUUACACAGCUGUGAUGAAUCGUAUCACUGCACUGGACGUGCGUGAGGUGAACAGCCUGCAGGCGUUGUUCCACAACGUGCGCACCUUUGUCAUUGGCAGCGAGUGGGAACGCGAUGUCCUCGAGCAGAUGGAACUGCGUGUCCAGCAGCAGCAACUGCAGUUGGAUCAGCAGCCGCAUGAGCGCAUCUUUGGCGUACUCUCGCGACAGACGCUGCUGCAGGUGGUGGAGCAGACACACAAGCCGGGCGCCUACUAUGUUUUGCCUCAGCAUGUGUUGGACCAGCAGUUGGCCAUCUAUUUGCAGCGGGAUUCGCAUCUGUUGCAGCAGCUCGAUGAACUCGUCAUGGCCAUACAGGCGGUGGGCCUGAUGAACUAUUGGGCCGGGCAGCUGGGCAACGAGCGUUACUUUCGGAGCACCUUCAUGCUGAGCGAUCGGCGACUGCGUCAGCCGGAUCUUUGGGCCAUCUAUGUCAUUAGUGGUGUCUUCUAUGUGCUGGCUACUUUCGUCUUUCUCGUCGAGCUCGCUUUGGCGCGUUGGCGCCGUUUCAAUUAAUAACUAACAAAAUAUUGCAUUAAAUGCUGUCAAAUUAAACACUUGAGUAUUUAUCGAUAUCAGUCGUUAUCGACGAUGCGUGCAAUGCAGCACAGGAUUCUGCUUCCUGUUUAUCUAAUUGGAAUGUAACCUAAACUGUUGCAAUUUUCACAGAUGGCGCCACUGUUAAU